AUGAACUUUGGCCGGGGGGGCCCGCCGGUGGUGGUGCUGAACGUGGGGGGGACGCGCUACUCCUUCGCGCGGGAGGUGCUGAAGGACUUUCCCCUGCGCCGCGUGAGCCGCCUGCACGGCUGCCUGUCGGAGCAGGACGUGCUGGAGGUCUGCGACGACUACGACCGCGAGCGGAACGAGUACUUCUUCGACCGGCACUCGGAAGCCUUCGGCUUCAUCAUGCUCUACGUGCGCUACGGCCACCUGCGCUUCGUGCCCCACAUGUGCGAGCUCUCCUUCUACAACGAGAUGAUCUACUGGGGCCUCGAGUGCUCCCACCUCGACUACUGCUGCCAGCGCCGCCUCGACGACCGCAUGUCCGACACCUACACCUUCUACUCGGCCGAAGACCUCCAGGCGGAGCCGGGCAAUAGCCGCGCGGCGCCCCCGCCUGGCGCCGAGGAGAAGAAGUGGCUGGAGAGGAUGAGGAGGACGUUCGAGGAGCCCACCUCUUCCUUGGCCGCCCAGAUCCUGGCCACGGUCUCCAUCAUCUUUGUCAUUGUGUCCAUGGUGGUGCUGUGUGCCAGCACGAUGCCCGAGUGGCGGGCGGCAGAGAACCGAAGCAUGGAGGAACAGAGCAGGUACACAGCAGACUCAGUGAGGGAGCCUUCAGGGAUAAUUGAAGCUAUCUGCAUAGGCUGGUUCACUGCAGAGUGCAUUGUGAGGUUCAUCGUCUCCAAAGACAAGUGUGAGUUUGUGAAGAGGCCUCUGAACAUCAUUGACUUGCUGGCAAUCACUCCCUACUACAUCUCUGUGCUGAUGACAGUUUUUACAGGGGAGAAUUCUCAGCUCCAGAGGGCUGGAGUCACCUUGAGGGUCCUGAGAAUGAUGAGGAUUUUUUGGGUGAUUAAACUUGCCCGUCACUUCAUUGGCCUUCAGACACUUGGCCUGACUUUAAAGCGGUGUUAUAGAGAAAUGGUGAUGCUGCUUGUGUUCGUCUGUGUUGCUAUGGCAAUUUUCAGUGCACUGUCCCAGCUUCUUGAACAUGGGCUGAACUUGGGAACACCAAAUGAAGGCUAUGCCAGCAUCCCAGCUGCUUGCUGGUGGGUAAUCAUCUCUAUGACCACUGUGGGUUAUGGCGAUGUAUGCCCUGUUACUGUACCUGGACGGAUUCUUGGAGGGAUUUGCGUGGUCAGUGGAAUUGUUUUACUGGCCCUGCCUAUUACUUUCAUCUAUCACAGCUUUGUGCAAUGUUACCAUGAGCUCAAGUUCCGGUCUGCUAGGUAUGGCAGGAGCCUCUCUGCUGAAUUCUUAAAUUAA